AUUGUUGUUUUGAACACAGAACUUGCUUAAAAAGUUCCACAAACGUCAUCCAAAAGUCAGAACUCAGAUUAGCAUUGCUGUGGCUGCAUUGGCUGUGCAUGUGCCUGCUGAAGAUUGGGGAGAUGGUGGUAUAGUGAAAUGGCUUAGGGACGAGAUGGAUUCUCAUCCGGAAUAUAUACCAGGAUUCUUGGAGUUACUAACAGUUUUGCCAGAGGAAGUAUUAAACUAUAAGAUAGCAGCUCGAUCUGAAAGGCAUCGUCAAUUUGAAAAAGAGCUUACCUCUCAAAUGGAGAUUGCUCUAAAUAUUUUAACAGCUUGUUUGUCUAUUUCUGAGCUUAAAGAGCAGGUUCUUGAAGCGUUUGCUUCGUGGCUUCGCCUAAAGAAUGGGAUUCCCGGAUCUGUUCUCAGUACCCAUCCAUUAGUUCUUAUAGCAUUAUCAAGCUUGAAUUAUGAGUUUCUUUCUGAGGCAUCUGUAAAUGCCAAAAUCGGAAAUUAAAGGGGAUCUUGAUCAUGGUAAGAGGAUAUUGCAGUGCUCAUAACAAAAUCCAACCUGGUGCCAUACCCAAGGUAUGUUUAUUCUAUUCUGUUUUCCAUGGAAUCAGUCAUAUUCUAUGCUCAUCUAGUUUCACAUUGUUCUUGUUGAUU